UAUCUUUUUGCAGCUCUUGUAAAAGUAAUGUCAAAAAAGCCGACGCAACUUAUUAUUUGCGCCAAAUAAUUCAGAAAAGUAUUAGACUGAAAUAAAACAAAAUGCCAAGAAUAAGUAAGAAAAAACAGAGCUCCUCAUCGGACAGUGAUAGCGGCCCAGACGAUCGCAAUGCUCCGCCGCCAAGUAAGAAGGCUAAGGAGAGCUCAUCUAAUAAGAAUGAUGAGCCUGCCGGCGGUGGAGAUGGUGCUACUAGCUGGACAUUAGAGGGUAUGCGUCAGGUGCGCAUUAACGAGUUUCGCGGCAGAAAAAUGGUUGACAUCCGUGAGUUCUACGAGAAGGAUGGAAAAGUCUUGCCGGGCAAGAAGGGGAUUUCGCUGUCGGCAUCGCAGUGGAAAAAACUACUCGCGAUUACCGACGAUGUAACUCGUGCUCUUGAGGAAUAAAACCAUUAAACAAAAUACGUUACUCAUAGUACUUAGCAUUUUCUAUUGGUCAAACUACACACUUAUCUACAUAGAAAUAAACAUUAAUCAUGUCUAUA